CCGUUGCUGUGGACGGAGAGUCGGGGACGUGAGCGGCCAUUGAGGGCGGCCAGGGUGCCGGUGGGCUCCCCCAUCUGCUCGGUGUGCGGGCUGAGCUUCGAUGGAGGACCAACAAGUUAAAUUGACAUGUGUGGCAAGGUGUGGCGGUGCCUGAGCGAGCUGGAGGCCCACCGGCUGCUGCACACGGGAGAACGUCCCUUCAACUGCAGCAAGAGCUUCACUCACUACAAGUACUUGCAGGGGCACAACAGCAUGCACUCCAGCGAGAGGCCCUUCACCUGCUCCAACUGCAGCAUGAGCUUCAAGACGGCGAAUCACCUGAAGAUACACCGGCAGGUGCACACGGGCGAGAAGCCCUAUGGCUGCUCCACCUGCGACAUGAGCUUUGUCCAGUUGUCGGGGCUAAGGCAGCACCUGCUGGUGCACAGCAGUGAGCGGCCCUUCACCUGCUCCGACUGCGGCAAAGGCUUCAAGUCGUCCAAUUACCUGAAGAGGCACAGGCGCCUGCACGCCAGCGAGCGCCCCUACACCUGCAGCGACUGCGGCAAAGGCUUCACCCAGUCCAAAGACCUGCUGUCCCACUGGCGCCUCCACACCGGCGAGCGCCCCUACCGCUGCACCGAGUGCGGCAAGAGCUUCAUCCAGUCCAGUCACCUGCUGGAGCACCAGCGCACCCACACUGGGGAGCACCCCUACACCUGCGCCCAGUGCGGCAAGACCUUCAACCACUCCAGUCACCUGCUGGAGCACCAACACACCCACACCGGCGAGCGCCCCUACACCUGCGCCCAGUGCGGCAAGAGCUUCACCCACUCAAACACCCUGCUGUCCCACAAGCGCACCCACACCGGGGAGCGGCCCUACACCUGCACCCAGUGCGACAAGCGCUUCACCCGGUCCAGUCGCCUGCUGGAGCACCAGCGCACCCACACCGCGGAGCGGCCCUACACCUGCGACCAAUGUGGCAAGUACUUCAGCUGCUCCAGCAGCUUGCUGGUGCACCAGCGCACCCACACCGGGGAGCGCCCCUACGCCUGUGCCCAGUGCGGCAAGAGCUUCACCCACUCAAGCACCCUGCUGUCCCACCAGCGCACCCACACCGGGGAGCGCCCCUACGCCUGUGCCCAGUGCGACAAGCGCUUCACCCGGUCCAGUCACCUGCUGAAGCACCAGCGCACCCACACUGGGGAGCGGCCCUACACCUGCACCCAAUGCGGCAAGGGCUUCAUCUGCUCCAACAGCCUGCUGGUGCACCAGCGCACCCACACCGGGGAGCGCCCCUACAUCUGCACCCAGUGCGGCAAGGGCUUCAACCGUUCUAGUCACCUGCUGGAGCACCAGCGCACCCACACCGAGGAGCGCCCCUACACCUGCGUCCAGUGCGGCAAGGGCUUCACCAGCUCCUCCAAGCUACUGACCCACCAGCGGGUGCACUCCGGCGACCGACCCGUUCCCAGCCCGGUGUGUGGAGAGCGUUUUGCCAUGGCCUCCCAUGCCCUGUCUCACCAGCGCGUGCACACCAGUGGCCAGCCCUACGACUGCCCGUACUGUGGUGAGUCGUUUGACAGUUUGCGGGGGUUGCGGCAACACCGGCGGACCCACGCAGGCGAGCAACCCUUUGUGUGCGUUGAGUGUGGCAAGGGUUUCACCCACAUGUCCAGCCUGUGUCAGCACCGG